UACAUGUUUAUUUCAAAAGGUCCAGUUUAGUGGAACAACACAACACAAUUAUUAGUUUUUAUCAAAUAUCAUGUAAAUGAACAGACAGAUUUAACCCAUCAAGUUGAAGAGUAAUGCUGAACUCAGUGAAAAUGAAUCAAAUCUGUUGUCAUCGUGGCAUGUAGUUACUGUGACAGGCCGUCCAGCACAAGUUCCAUAGUGUGGCUUUAACGUAGUGUACACACGUUAGUUAAGUGCAUAAAGGCUGAGGAACUCCUUGUUGAAGAUCAAGCUAAACGACUGGCAGGCAGAUGAAUCAUCAACGAGUUACUAGUUAAGUAACUUCUCACUUGAUGAGGAAGUAGAUGUGGUUGUCUGCUGUAGGCAGACACACAGGUUUGACCAGAUUCAUAUGUAAAACUUAUUUAUAUGCUUGUAGCCUUGUUUCUAUAAGGCUUUAUACUUAUAAGGCUAUAUAUACUUUAUACUUAUAAGGCUACUUAUAUUUUAUUAUUCAAUACAAUAUAACAAAUCUUUGAUAUAAAUCAAUAUAAUUGUGCAAAGUUAUAUAGAUGGGCAGAUGGAAUGGAUGGCACUUCCUUGUGGAACCCAAUGACAUUCUAGACUUAACACUAACUGCUAACAUUGAUUUCUUUCUCUUUUCUUUAUUCCACUGUGGCUGCACUUGGAUUUUACAGCAGGCCCUCAGCUUUAUCACUCCGCAGUAUGCGUCCUUGUCCAGUUCCUGAUGCUGAGGCUCAUGGGAAGGACAGUAACAGCUGUCCUGAGCAGCUUUACCUUCCAAAUGCUAUACCUGCUGGCAGGGUAUUACUUCACUGCAACAGAGGAGUAUGACAUCAAGUGGACGAUGCCUCACUGUGUACUCAUGCUUAAACUUGUGGGUUUGUCGUUUGAUUUUUAUGACGGCGGGAAGGAACCAUCCCAGUUGAGUGCAGAUCAGAAGAAAGCAGCCCUGCCGUCUGUACCCUCUCUGCUUGAGGUCUUUGGCUUCUCCUACUUCUAUGGAGGCUUUUUGGUGGGGCCCCAGUUUACACUACGAAGCUACCAGAUGCUGGUGGCAGGGGAACUCACCGACUGCCCCGGAAAACCUCCAAACAGUGUUAUACCUGCUAUGAAGAGGUUUGCUCUGGGUUUUUUCUUCCUGGUCAUAUAUGCAAUAUUUGGCCCUCAUUACCCAGACAGCUACUACUUAACAGAUGAGUAUGAGGCUCAGCCAUUCUGGUAUCGCUGUGUGUUUAUUCUGCUUUGGGCUAAAGUCAAUUUGUAUAAAUAUGUCAGCUGCUGGGUCAUAGCAGAGGGCGUGUGUAUACUCUCUGGCAUGGGCUACAACGGUGUUGUAGAUGGUCAGCACCAGUGGGACGCGUGUGCCAAUAUGAAGGUGUGGCUCUUUGAAACCACGCCGCUCUUUGGAGGAACCAUUGCUUCUUUCAACAUCAACACAAACGCCUGGGCUGCCAGACAUGUCUUCAAGCGGUUGAAAUUCCUUGGCAAUAAGACUCUGUCUCAUGUGGCCACACUGUUGUUUCUGACGAUCUGGCACGGCCUUCACUCUGGUUACAUCAUGUGCUUCUCCAUGGAAUUCUUUAUCAUCACUGUAGAGAGACAGGCCCACGCACUGGUGCGGGACAGUCCCUUGUUGACGAAGCUGGCCAACAGCCCUCUCUACCCUCUCAUCUAUGUAGUCCAGCAGUUUAUACACUGGCUCUUCAUGGGCUACCCCCUAGUGCCAUUCUGCCUCUUCACCUAUGACAAAUGGCUGAAGGUGUAUUCGUCUGUGUAUUUCUGUGGUCAUGCAUUCUUCCUCGUAGCCUAUUUAAUCAUGCCAUACCUCCGUAAGGCGCUGGUGCCUAAGAAAGAACGGAGCCCGAAAAAACAGGAGUAAACCUGGGUACUAAGACUUGGCAUGGUCUGUCUAAGGCUAAAUAUCCACUGAAGGGAACUGUGACUUUCAAGGAGAAGAACGGAAAAUAUUAUAAGGCCUUUAGUAAUAUAUAAAUAUAUGUUCAUGUAAAAAUAAAUUUCUAUAUAUUUUUGUGUUGUAAACGGGAAGGUGUUUUUAUAAACAUUCAGUGAAAUGUUUACAGGAAAUUACCAUCGUGCCACGUGGGGUAAGUGUGAGCCAAUCAGGGGUGAUUUCCUGUUUGUUGAAUCUUUUUUUUUUUGUGUUUCAUUUUGAAGACAUGUGAGCCGUGUACAACUUGAGACUUACAUGCUGUCGACACAUAAUUGCACUCACUGUACAUGGGUUCAGAGUCGGUCGCUGACUCUGUGUUUUUCGUUUCAUUUCUGUUUCACCUGAGCACCUGUGUUCAGAAGCGCCCUCUGCAGGAAGCUGAAGCACAGUGCCGGCGCGUGGCGUUUUCUGUUUUAACACAUCAUGCAUACGGCUUUCUGCACAUGAAAAUAAUAAUAAUAAUAAUGAGGGGGUAUUCUUGGAAAUGGCUGCCAGUGGUUACACAAGCACUGUAAAUCACACACUGUACAUUAACACCGACUCAAAAUGGCCUUGUAUUAUUGAAUGUUUUUACAGUACAUUUGUCCUGGUUUUAAUUUGAUUUGUGAUUGGAAAAAAAAAGAUUUUAUAAAGUUUUAACAGCUUUUAUGAUAAAAGAAAAACAUUUUGUAGCUUUGGAUAAGAUUUUUGUGAAUGGAUAUGCAUUGCUCCCUGCCUUUCCCACAUUUGAUGGUUUAGUUGUUUUUCUUGCCAUACGUGUUCUCCCUCUGCUCGGUGUCAGCCACUCCUCUGUCUAUCUGUCUGUUGAGACAACUCUGAAAUGCACAAAUAUCAAAGGUCAUAAUUCCAUAGACUCUUGCUCGCAACCUAACAAUUCUGUCACUACAGUUAAUUCUUCAGACCGUCACUUGGUCAGUUGGUUUGUUUUAAUUUUGAACUGGAAGCAAAACGAACAAAGGAAAUAGAACGAAAGGGGAGAAAAUCCACUUUUGUGUUUGAUUUCACAGUUUCACCUGUUCUAUAAUUUAAAAUAAUCAAAAGUAGAAGCAUCCCAUUCCAAUGACUCCAUAUUUUAUUUCAUCUUUAUUGAGUGGGUGGGCUGGAUUUUUCAGUGAUGUGCUGGAGGACCCGCUCAGACAGGAUGAAUCCCCCCCCCGUAGCAACAAUCCAGAUUUUAAUAAUAUUUAUACAUGACAUGGGGAUGAUUAUUAAUUAAUGUGAAAUGCUCUUUCAAGAGACUACUUUUUGCCUUAUUCCUACCAAAUGUACAAA